AUGCAAUACUUCCUCACCCUCGCGGCUCUCGCGCCCGCGGCCCUCGCGCAGACUUACUACGGCUGCUACACCGAGAUCCCCGCCCGCGCGCUGACCGGCUCUUCGCUGAUCGACUACGAUAACAUGACCAUCGCCGACUGCGAGACCCAUUGCACCGGCUUCGACCUCUGGGGCCUGGAGUACGGCGGCGAGUGCUACUGCGGCGACGCCCUCGCCCAAGGCUCCUUCCCAGCCUUCUCGACCGACUGCACGAUGCCGUGCCCCGGCGACGCGACGGCGACCGAGGUCUGCGGCGGGCCCAACCGGCUGUCGCUGUACGGCACGGCCGAGACGGCACCAGCCAUCGUCCCCUACCCGCACGACCCGGCCGUGACGGCGACGCAGUACGAGGGCUGCUGGACCGAGGUCUCGGGCGCGCGGGCGCUGGCCGGCGCCAGCGGGUUCUCGCUGACCGAUAUGACCGUGGGAGGGUGUGGCGGGUACUGCAGGGAUAGUGGGUUUACGUGGUUCGGGCUGGAGUAUAGUGCCGAGUGCUACUGUGGCGCGGGGCUGGAUGCGAAUAGCACGCUCGCGCUCGAGGCGGAUUGUGCGAUGGCUUGCUCUGGGGAGCCGACCGAGGUGUGUGGUGGGUCGGACCGUCUGAGUGUCUACCAGUGGGUGUGA